AGCCACAACCUCAGCCGCCUCCGAGCGGUAGGAGGGAGCAGCCGGUCUCUGCGUCCGGGCCGGCCCCUUUCCGGGGACCCGGCACGUCUAGCCCCGGAGGAGAUAGUCCUCCGCGCUCUUCGGGUACCUCUGGUCCAAACCACUCGGAACGACAUGGAAGAAUUUUUGCAACGCGCCAAGUCUAAACUGAAUCGAAGCAAACGCUUGGAGAAGGUCCAUGUGGUUAUUGGACAUAAAUCGUGUGACCUGGAUUCUCUCAUUUCUGCCUUCACAUAUGCUUACUUUCUAGACAAGGUCAGCCCACCUGAGGUUCUCUGUUUGCCCGUGCUGAACAUAUCAAGAACUGAAUUCAGCUACUUCACCGAGACAAGGUUUAUUUUAGAAGAGCUAAAUAUCUCUGAAUCAUUCCACAUAUUCCGAGAUGAAAUUAAUCUGCAUCAGCUAAAUGAUGAAGGGAAGUUAUCUCUAACACUUGUUGGCAGCAACAUGCUGGCAAGUGAGGACAAAACUUUAGAAUCAGCAGUCGUCAAGGUCAUUAAUCCAGCUGAGCAGGGCGAUGCCGGGUCUGAGUACCGAGAGUCUUCCUCCUCUCUGGUGGUGAAAGAGAUUCUCCAGGAGGCUCCCGACCUCAUCACCGAGCAGCUGGCUCAUCUGCUCAGAGGUAGCAUCCUUUUCAAGUGGAUGACCAUGGAACCCAAGAAGAUCUCAGAGAAGCAGGAGGAAAUUCUUUCUAUCCUGGAAGAAAAAUUUCCUCGCUUACCUCCAAGAGAUGACAUUAUCAGCGUCCUGCAGGAGACCCAGUUCAGUGCUCAGGGUUUAAGUAUUGAACAGACAAUGCUGAAGAAUCUGAAGGAACUUUCAGAUGGAGAAAUAAAAGUGGCCAUUAGUAGCGUGAACAUGACCCUGGAGGACUGUACGUUUCACAGCAGUAUCACCAGUGAUUUGAAAGCAUUCUCAGACAAGUUCGGUUUUGAUGUCCUCAUCCUCUUGGCCAACUACCUGUCGGAGGAGCAGCAGCCCAGACGACAGAUCGCUGUGUACUCUGAGAACCUAGAGCUGUGCAGUCAGAUUUGCUGUGAACUGGAAGAGUGCCAGAACCCUCGCCUGGAGCUGGAGCCCUUUGAAUGUGGCUGUGACGAGAUUCUGGUGUAUCAGCAGGAGAACCCUUCAGUGACUUGUGAUCACGUGGUUCUCCUGGUCAAGGAAGUCAUCAAUAGGAGGUGUCCAGAGAUGGCCUCUAACAGCCGGACAUCCUCCACAGAAGCAGUGGCAGGCAGCGCCCCGCUCUCCCAGGGGUCCUCCGGGAUUAUGGAGUUGUAUGGUUCUGACAUAGAGCCACAGCCCAGCUCCGUGAAUUUCAUGGAAAACCCUCCCGAUCUCAGCGAUUCAAACCAGGCCCAGGUGGAUGUCAAUGUGGACCUCGUUAGCCCGGAUAGCGGGUUGGCCACCAUUAGGAGCAGCCGCUCAUCCAAGGAGAGCUCAGUUUUCCUCAGUGAUGACAGUCCAGUGGGAGAAGGUGCUGGGCCUCACCACAGCCUCCUCCCAGGAUUUGACUCCUACAGUCCCAUCCCUGAAGGGGCAGUAGCAGAGGAGCAUGCCCCUUCUGGAGAACACAGUGAAUCCUUUGACCUUUUCAACUUUGACCCAGCACCCAUGGUUUCUGGGCAGUCCCAACCAUCUUCCCAUUCUGCAGACUACUCCCCAACAGAUGACUUCUUCCCCAACAGCGAUUCAUCAGAAGGACAGCUCGCCACGGGGCCUAAAAGACUUGAUGAGAUAGGGAUGGACGUGUCGAAUUAUUCAUCCAGUUCUCUUUUGUCAGGGACUGGCAAAGAUAGCCUUGUGGAAUUUGAUGAGGAGUUUGUCCAGAGACAAGAAAGUCCCAGUGAUAAUUCUGAAAGAAAUUUGAGCCUGACAGGGUUUGUGGAAGAUGAAUCUCCUUCACCAGAAAGUCUGAAAAAUGCUGGAAGGAGGGUCCCACCAACACCUAUGAAUAGCUUUGUGGAAAACUCACCAUCAACUGAAGAACCAGCUCUACUCUCUUCAGAAGAUAUGACCCCCAAAACAGUCAACACGGGUCACACUGGGCCACCUCCAACCCAGGCACGGUGCAGCAGCUGGUGGGGUGGUUUGGAAAUUGACUCUAGAAACACUGCAGAUGCAUGGAGUUCCAGUGAACAGGAAUCUGUCUUCCAGAGCCCCGAGUCAUGGAAAGAUCAUAAGCCAAGCCCAGUUGAUAGGAGAGCCUCAGAUUCUAUAUUUCAACCCAAGACUCUAAACUUCCCAAAGUCAAGUCCCUGGGAGUCAGAAUUUGGUCAGCCUGGGCUUGGCAGCAAUAAUAUUCAAGACCAAAAUGAGAAAAACUUGCGGUUUCAGGAUAUGUCCCCUGAAAACUCGCGUUUGCCGAAUGCUUUUCCUCAGGGAACAAACCACCUGAUAGAAGACUUUGCUGCUUUGUGGCGUUCUGAUCGCUCACCCACAGCCAUGCCUGAGCCAUGGGGAAAUCCCACGGAUGACGGGGAACCAGCUGCUGCAGCGUCAUUCCCAGCCUGGAGAGCAUUUGCUAAAGAAGAUGACGUCGAAGCUUUGAAAAAUACCUGGAAUCUGCACCCGAUGAGUGGUGAGACACCUUCUGUGAGGGACCCAAACGAGUGGGCCAUGGCAAAAAGCGGGUUUUCUUUCCCUUCAGAAGACCUCAUAGACAUUUCGCACAGCGACGCAAAUAGUGAAGCAGUUCCAGAAAUCUGGGGCAAGAAGAACCAUGACUCCGGGGACGAUAUUCUUGUAUCUGGAAAUCCCAGAUCUGAUCUGGAUCAUGCAUGGACUAGUUCUAAGCCAGUCAAGGAUGAUCAGAAUGGUUUCGUGGAUCCAAAAAUUAGGGGGAAGGUGUACGAAAAUGUAGAUUCCUGGAACCUUUUUGAGGAGGGUAACAAGAAAGGAGGGUCAGAUGUCCUAGCACCUUGGGAAGAUUCCUUCUUAUCCUAUAAAUGUUCCGAUUACAGUGCCUCCAACAUAGGGGAAGAUUCGGUGCCAUCCCCCUUAGAUACCAACUACUCCACUUCUGACUCCUAUACUUCACCAACAUUUGCCGGAGACGAAAAAGAAACCAAAGACAAGCCGUUUGCUAAAGAGGCAGGUUUCAAGUCACAAGAUGCUAACUGUACCUCAGGGGACGCUGACAUGCCUCCUCAGUCCCCAGAGCAGCCACCUAGAGAUAGUAUUAGUUCGGGUCCUGGGAACCUGAAAAUGUGGGCUUCACCUCACGCAGAUGGUAGCUCUGAAAUAAAUGCCACUCAUAGCCCAGAUAAAGAUUUACUCCAGGCAGAGCCCACAGAUGAUCAGAACACCUCCGUGGAGGAUGACAUUGGGGAAAGCAGCCAGUCCAGCUACGAUGACCCCAGCAUGAUGCAGCUGUACAAUGAGACAAACCGACAGCUCACUCUUCUGCACAGCAGCGCUAACUCCUGCCAGGCGGCCCCCGACAGUCUCGACUUGUGGAACAGAGUGAUUCUGGAGGACACGCAGUCUACUGCGACCAUCUCGGAUAUGGACAACGACUUGGACUGGGAUGACUGCAGUGCGGCUAUGGCCAUCACCGGUGAAGGCCAGGCACAGGGGUACCCGGCGGAAGCUUCUGAACCCGAAACCCGAUUCGCAGUGAGGCAGGUAGAACCCUGGACCGUGGAGUAUCAGGAAGCAAAUCAGACAGAUUGGGAACUCCCUGCCUCUUCUGAGCACAGCUUGGACGCUGCUCCCAACGAUUAUCACAUGCUGAAUGAGAAAAGCGGGCAGCUGAUCGCAGAUAGUAUUUGGGAUUCCGUUAUGAGAGAGAACGCCGUGUCAUCAUUAAUGUUACCUGGCCCAUCGUAUGUUACAGAUCCAGAACAAAGCAAAUCACCCCCUGAAACUUCCAGCUCAUUAGAAAAAAUUCAGGACAGUCACAACCCAGACAUGCUGGAAGCCUCUGGAGCCAGUGAGUCAGAAACACUUGAUCCUGACAAGCAGGACACAUGCAGGAGAACCCCACCCAGUGAUAUGGCGUAUUUGGUGACCACACUUGAGAAUUCAGGGCAUUUUGCAUGCUCAGAUCCCUGGAGGGGUCCCAGUUAUGGACAAAAGGAAAGUGAGAAGGAAUCCCAUGGAGCCACCGAUAGGGAGUGCCCCAGUGAGGAGGAGCCGAUGGAUGGAACCUCAGGGGCUUCUGGAAAAGGGCAAGGUGGCCAGGAGUGCCCUUCCCCAGCUGCAUCUGAUCAUCCAGAAAUCUCCAAUGAAUCAGGCAAAAUCAGCUCUCUUUCGGUCACUUCCAGUCCUCAAACUGAGGAACCCCAGGAGGUAUUAGAGCAUGAGAAGGGGUCUUACACUCCAGACCCCUGUGAUGUGCAAACAGAGGUGUCCAUAGAUCACCUGCAGGCAAAAGAGACCUGCGAAGAGCACCUCAUGAGUCACAGAAAUUCAGGUGAAACUACUGAAAUUUCAGGUAGGCUGAAUUCCACAAUAAGUAUAUAUCUACCUGAAAUGGAUGUGGAGGAAGCUGAAGAAUGUAACAUUCUGGAGCCGGAGAGAAUGAACCAAGACCUACCUUAUGGAUGUCCCCAAGCACUUGACGUUUGGGAUGGCCCUAGAGACAGUGAUAUGCAGGUCAGCUGCACAAGUUCUGAGAUAACUAAGAAUCUCGAAGUUAAGAAUACUGAAAACAGCCCUCCAGGAGCCAAUUUAUCAGGAAAUGAUGACAGAGACAGUAUUUCUAGUGAGUAUACACAUUCAAGUGCAUCCAGUCCUGACCUAAAUGACUCUUCGUCUGCAUUGCCUUCCUGGGACCAAGGACCCAAUACUGGGCAUCAGAAGGAAAACCAAGAUGAUUGGAGUACACAGAAUUACCAAGAAUCUGAACUAAUUACUACUGAUGGUCAAGUAGAAGUAAUUACCGAAAUGAAGGGUUUGGAGAAAAACAGAAUGGACAAGUUUGAAAAGAGCUUAGAUCACAAUGUUCCUAAAUAUUUAGAGAUUUGGAAUGACUCAGUAGAUGGUGAUUCCUUUUCCUCUUUGUCUAGCCCUGAAACAGGCAAAUAUUCUGAAUAUUUAGAUGUAUAUCAGGAAAGAAAUCUAGUGGUCAGCCAUCAGGAAAAAAGUGAAUGUGAUAUUCCUGAAACUGUGCAGCAAGAGGAUGCCAAGUUCACUUCAACAAGCUCAGGUUCUGAUGAUGAUAGUGUAGGCGAUGAAGAGUCAGUGGAGAAAGAGAUCCAUUCAGCCACUUGCCAGGUUGCUCAGAGUGAACUCAGAGCUUGGGGUUCAUUGAAUGGAUCUAAUAAGUCCUUGGCCACAGCUGAUCCCAAGUCUGAGGAAUGUUCUGCCUAUAUAGGCAGUCCAGAACCAGCAGAGAAUGAGAAUAAGUCAAACCCAUUCUGUGACAAUCAACAAAGCAGCCCUGAUCAUUGGAAUUUCUUGCCACUAAAGGAGACUGAAGUACAGGUUACAGCAGUGGAGAAGGAGACGAGGUCUUCUCCAGAAACAGGGAGGACGGGAGAUGUCAUAUGGCAAAUAUCUCCCAAAGCUGAACUAAAGAAUGAAAAUUAUUCUAAUUUGGAAAUGGCUGGCUUCUCAGCUGAGAGCACGGAGUGGUGGAACGCCUCCCUACAGGAAGGGCGACCAACUGAGAGGGCAUUUGAAGGGGAAUUAUCUAACUCAAGUGCUGUGCUGGAGAUGAAUUCCUCACCACGCCAAAACGCGGGUCCCUGGGGAGUACCCAUUCCGGGUGAUACUGAAUCCCUGGAAACGCACUGUACCAAUCCUUUCAGUGAUGAACAUGAGUCACGCUUUCUGGAUAAUAAUGGGGAGAAUGCCCACGAGCAACUUUGGAACAUUCAACCAAGGCAGCCAGACCCAGAAGCUGGUCAGCUUAGCCAGCUUGUACUACUGGACCAAAUUAAAGACAAGGAUUCCAGAGAACAAACCAUGUCUUCUGCCAGUGACAAACUCACCUCUGAAAUAUCUACCCAAGAGCAGUGUCAGAAUACAGUGCUGUCUGUCUGGAAUCAGCCAGACCCAACAUUUACUCACACAGAUGAAGAUGGAUGCAUUAUAUCUAAUGUAUCAACUCCUGAGUGUCAAGAAACAAAUUGGUGGGAAGAAGAAAAAUCACACCCCAGUGAAAUGACAGAUUCAAGCAUUGCCUCUGAAGAUUUCCCUGCUGUCAGUUCUUCCACCCAGUUGAUAAAGAAGUCAGGCUCUGAAUGGGACGACUCUACCCCUAGUGAGGGCCCCCAAGGUGCGUUUGUUCCAGAUAUUUUACACGGCAACUUCCAAGAGGGUGGGCAACUGGCCUCAGCUUCACCCGACUUGUGGAUGGAUGUGAAACAACCCUUCGGUGUGAAGACAGAUGGUGAGAAUCCUGAUAUACUGACUCACUGUGACCAUGACAGCAAUUCCCAGGCUUCCAACAGCCCUGAUGUAUGUCAUGAUUAUGAAGCAAAGCCAGAGACUAAGCAGCACAUCAGUGCUGGGAUGGGACCUGAAGGGGAAUCCGGUGAGUUAUAUCCCACCGAGCCAGAGAGAGAUGAAGAACCCAGUCAGGAGCUGGCGCAGGAAUUUGUCCCAUGUACUUCAGAACUGUCUUCUGAAAACGCAAUUCCGCUGCCUCGGAUCAGCGAGCAGGCAAACACAAAUGACUCAUCUCAACCUGCCUCUCACAAAGGUUCUCCUGAACCUUCCGAAAUAAACGGUGAAAACAUUACAAGUUUAAAAGCGUCGGAAGAGGGAGCCAACCCAGAUACAGCACCAAUUUUGGAACCCACUGACAGAACAAUCCCAAUGAUUGAAAACGUGGAAACUGAUAUUUGUGUAACUCACCCAGAGCCAACUGUGGAUAGCAACAGCUCUUGGAUAUCAGAAGACUUUUCUCCUGAGAGUCAGACCGAUGCAGGGGUCCCGUCGGACCGUGAGCAAGCUUUUGCCACUGAGAAUCCUGCCACAGUUCCUGAUACUUUGCUAGCCUCGGACAUUUGUCUGGAUGUCAGCGAAGCUGCCUUUGACCACAGUUUCAGCGAUGCCUCAGGUCUCAACACAUCCACGGGAACAAUAGAUGAUGUGAGUAAACUGACAUUAUCAGAAGGAAAUCCUGAAAUGCAAUUUGAUGGGGAGGCAGGGAAACAAGAUAUCUGUUCCUCUGAAGCCUCGUGGGGUGAUUUUGAGUAUGAAGUCAUGGGCCAAAAUAUUGAUGAAGAUUUAAUGAAAGAGCCUGAACACUUUGUCUAUGGUGGUGACCCUCCCUUGGAAGAAGAUGCCCUGAAGCAAGGGCUUGCACCUUACACACCUCCAUUUGAUUUGUCCUAUCUCACGGAACCUACUCCUGGUGUCGAAACCACAGAGGAAGCUGGGACUCCAGAGAAUGCGCCUCUGGGGAGCAAAGCCGCAGAGAUAUUGCUUUCUGCCCUUCCUGAUGAAAGAAACAAGGAAAACCACGCUGAGGCCACAAACAGACAGCCUGAAUGCCAGCUGCUGCAUGUUCAUGAAGACCCUGAGUCAGUUUCUUUGCCUGUCGGAGUCGACGCCAACAUUGAGUUGUCUCCAUCGAACGUUGACUGGGAAGUAGAAACAGAUCAUUCAGAUUCACCAGCAGGUGGAGACAUAGGACCACCAACUGGUGCCAGCAAGGGGUUAUUAGAGUUGGAAGAAGAAAAAAUAAUUCCUACCAAAGAGCCUGAGCAGGUAAAAUCAGAAUACGGGGAAGAAAGGUACACUGAGAAGAAUGAAGAUCAUCCUGCACUACACAUGGAUUACAUACUUGUAAAGCACGAAGAAAAUUCACCGCCAGAGCCAGAGGCCUGUGAGGCAAGAGAAAUCACGUCGGAAUUAGAAGAGUUUCACAUAGAUUCCGAAGAAACGGGGCUGCCAGGAACUCAGUUAGCAAGCUUCCCAGACACACAUCAACCUGCUUCCUUAAAUGCAAGAAACCAUCUUUCUGCAGAGAGAAUGUCUUCCAAAGAUGAUAAGAGAUCAUCUUUUGAAAGCCCUAGGCAAGACCAGAGUUGGAUGGUCUUGGGCCGUAGUGAGGUUGGUGACCCAUCAUCGGAGACUAGGGACUCAGGGCCUGGAUGGUCUGGCAAGGUUGUGGAGCCAGCCUCUGAUCACAGCUUGGGCAAGGGCCCCCAAAUGCAGAUUCUGGGAGACAUGAAGCCUCUAGAAUCUUCAGCACUAGAGGAAGCCUCUGGCCUGGGCAGCCAAUCGUGGAAGAACAUGAGCCGAGGCAGCGCUGGCCCCGAUACAGUUAUGUUGCAGGCUGUCACCCAUGACAGUGAAUGGGAAAUGCUCUCACCACAGUCUUCUCAGAAAAACAUAAUCCCUGAAAUGGAAAUGGAGGAGGAGACAGAGUUUCUUGAGCCCAGGACAAGGAAACCAAGAACAAAAGGACUACUGUCAGAGGAUGUGGGAAUGGACAUCCCCUUUGAGGAGGGAAUGCUGAGUCCCAGUGCUGCAGACAUGAGGCCUGAACCUCCUAAUUCUCUGGAUCUUAAUGGCAGUCAUCCUCAGAGAAUCAAACUCACAGCCCCAAAUAUCAAUCUGUCUCUGGAUCAAAGUGAAGGGUCUAUUCUCUCUGAUGAUAACUUGGACAGUCCAGAUGAAAUUGAUAUCAAUGUGGAUGAACUCGAUACCCCCGAUGAAGCAGAUUCUUUUGAGUACACUGGGCAUGAGGAUCACACAGCCAACAAAGAUUCUGGCCAAGAGUCAGAGUCUAUUCCGGAAUAUACGGCAGAAGAGGAGCGAGAGGACAACCGGCUGUGGAGGACCGUGGUGAUUGGAGAACAGGAGCAGCGGAUUGACAUGAAGGUCAUCGAGCCCUACAGGAGAGUCAUUUCUCAUGGAGGAUACUACGGGGAUGGCCUAAAUGCCAUCAUUGUGUUUGCUGCCUGUUUUCUGCCAGACAGCAGUCGGGCGGAUUACCACUAUGUCAUGGAAAAUCUUUUCCUAUAUGUAAUAAGUACAUUAGAGUUGAUGGUAGCUGAAGACUAUAUGAUUGUGUACUUGAAUGGUGCAACCCCAAGACGGAAGAUGCCAGGGCUAGGCUGGAUGAAGAAAUGCUACCAGAUGAUUGACAGACGGUUGCGGAAGAACUUAAAAUCAUUCAUCAUUGUUCAUCCAUCUUGGUUCAUCAGAACAAUCCUUGCAAUUACACGACCUUUUAUAAGUUCAAAGUUCAGCAGUAAAAUUAAAUACGUCAGUAGCUUAUCAGAGCUCAGUGGGCUGAUCCCAAUGGACUGCGUCCAUAUUCCAGACAGCAUCAUCAAGUACGAUGAAGAGAGAUCUUAUAAGAGAAGUGUGAGAACUAGCUGCCUUUACAAUGACCCAGAAAUGUCUUCUAUGGAGAAGGAUAUUAAUCUGAAGCUAAAAGAAAAGCCCUAGUUGACCAUGGCUGGAAGAAGAGGAUGCUUUUCUGCUUCGUGGUUCUGUUGAAACAUAUCUACCUGGAAGAGACAGGGCUGAUGGUACUUUUUUCCCACUUUGCACUACCUGGUGCCAUUCUAAAUUUCUAAGGGGAAAAACAGUAAGGGAACUUGUUUGCUCUUAACAUGUUUUAUGAACUUGUGUGUAUUUUCCUAUUUUGCCAGUUAUGUGCCUCCAAGAUUUUAGUUGAACCUUAGCAAGAAAGUAGGACCUUCCAUUUCAAUAUUUCAUUAACCCUUGGUGCAGUGGUAUUUCAUCUCUUAGACUGGUGUUGACCACUAAGAUAACUUCAGUCCACUGUUCAUUGUGAGUAGAUUUGUUUCCAUAGAUUAGCUGGAUUUCUCCUUGGUGAUCAUUUCAGGUUUAAAAUACACAGGGCUCAACAGUCCCUAGGAAAGUGGUCCCCACAUAACUCUACCUUUAAAACCCUAAGCUUGCUUAAGACAGCCAUAAAGUAGACACAGGUGUGACACCACAUCAGCUAAGUGCCCACUUGCUUCUUGUCCCCGUGAAUCGUCUCUUCUAACGUCUCUAAAGGAAGCCAGGCUUUCUAAUUCACAUCAAUUUUAUUUUAGUUAUCAAAUUUGGCAUCAUGUUUUCUGUGAAUUGGUCUUUUCACAAAAUCAUUUCUCCAGCCUCCACGUUGAGAAACUUAAGGAUCAAUGUCCCCAUUUCUGAGAGCUGUCUGUGCUUCAAGCCAUAAACUUAGUUCUUAGUUUAACUUAAACUUAGUUACACUUUAAGUGCCAAGUGUUCUAUGUAAGGUGGCCCACUCAGAAAUUCGUUAUUUGGUAACAUUCAGUUAUCUGAAUUUCUCUCUCACAUGCAUUAUAAAAAGUAAUCUGCUUUAACACACUCUAAUCACAGGUUUCAAAUUAAGCAUGAGUCUACUAUCAUUUGCAAAAUAGUCCUUUAUAAGUCUUCAUAUGCCCUUUAAAACACCAAUGUGGUUUAGAACCCGUGGGCCUCUAGCAGAGCGAGGGGUUUGUAAAUCCAGCGCCCCUACCUGUUGCCCUAUGGCCUUCGAGUCAAGAAUGGUUUUCACACUUUGGGCUGAGAAAAAAAAUGUUCUUAAUAUUUCAUGACACAUAAAAACUAUUCAAAUUUCAGUCCCCAUAAAUAAAGUUUUACUGAAACACGGCCACACAAA